GGAAUAGGAAGAUUUUUGGCAGCCGUGAGCCGAGUUGGAUUGCACCGUGCGCUGGUGGAGGACUGGGAAACUUGAGACAGCGCUGACAAUGAUAGAGUAACGAUGCCGCGUGUACUACUGCUGGCACUCCUUUGUGGAGGGGUCUCCGCAGGCUCUCACUCUCUCCGUUAUUUCUACAUGGCGGUGACCCCGGGGUCGGGGGUCCCCGAGUUUGUGGUGGUCGGGUACGUGGACGAGGAGCAGAUCAUUUACCACGACAGUGUGCUGGGACGGACGGUGCCCCGACAGGGGUGGAUGGCGGAGAGCCAGGACCCCGACUACUGGGAGCGUGAGACACAGAACCUGCGGGGCAACAAGCCGGGGUUCAAGGCUGACAUCCAGACACUGCAGAAGCGAACCAACCAGACGGGGGGAACACACACAAUCCAGCUGAUGUACGGCUGUGAGCUCCAUGACGAUGGGACCACCACCGGGUUCAUGCAGUACAGCUGGGACGGGUCGGACCUGAUCAGCUUCGACAAGGAUCAGAUGGUGUGGGUGACCCCUGUGCCCUGGGGUGUCCUUACCAAGGACAAGUGGGACCAGAACAUGGCCAGGAACCAGCAGUUCAAGGGAUACCUGGAGCAGACCUGCGUCGAGUGGCUGAAGAAGUACGUUCAAGAUGGGGAGAGCCACCUAAAGCCCAAUCCCCCCGAAGUCUCCUUCACCACCUCACUGGAUAACCGCCACCUUUCCUGUGUGGCCACUGGCUUCUACCCCCCGUCCAUUGACAUGACUAUUCUACGCGACGGCCGGACCCUGGAGGAGACCCAUUCCCACGGGAUUCUCCCCAAUCACGACAACACCUACCAGCUGACCAGGACGGUGCAGGUGGAAGGCAUGGACACAGGAAAGUUCUCCUGUCGGGUGGAACACCGGGGUCUCCCCGAGCCCCUCGUCCUGUUCCUGGUUCUGAAGUCCAGCUAUAUACCUCUCAUGGUCAUCGCUGCGCUCGUGGUCCUGGUGAUCCUGAUCGUCUUCGCUGACGUUGUGGCUUAUCACUUCUACAAGAAAAAAGAGGGGGAGAGCGGCUACAGUCCCACCAGAACUUCUGACAAAGGAGAAUCCUCCUCCAACUCCUCUGACGUGGCCUGAGGAAAUCUGAUCGACAGUGGGAUGUUGAUGAAGAAAACUUGGGUGAAAGAGUGCAAUCCUGGGGCUGGGCUCUUUUCUAUGGCAAGGUUCCCAACCAUUUUCAUGCUAUGGACCAAUGAUUUAAGGGCUCCAUGGACCCCAGGGUGGGAACCCCUAUUCUACGGGGAAAUCUCCGACUGGGUGUUUACCUUCAUGUUUGGGUUUAUGAACAAGUCGCUGCUGUCACUGCAGAAGCUGGACUAUAUAAUGCUGCUUUUCAAAAGUUAAAUCACUUUGGAAAAGUGAUUUGGUUUGGAUAAAUUGAAUGGGGUUUAGAGGCGAAUUUCUAUUUUUCCAAAAAUAUACUUUAUUCAGAAUAAAAAUUUUUACAAAUAUAAACUUUGCAAAACCCUUUUACUUACUAGUAGACAAUCCUCAAUUAUAUUUUUUUAAAGCCAAUAGCAACGUUGUUACUCAUGUGUUCCUCCGGGGUGGUAUACUAUUUUUUUUAAACAAAAUA